AUGUCUACGUUAGAAAACGGAAAAAAGUCAAAAGAUAUGUCGUGGGACAUUCGUAUCAAAGAAUUCAUCGAUGUAGUUUCAAAAGAUACAUCUCAAUUCAUACUUAAACGUGAUGAAGUAAAAAAAGAACUUGGUCAAAUUAUGGUUGAAGAAAUUAAACAAAAUCUUGUUGGAUAUCAAAAUGCCUCGAGUAGUAAACAAUCAGAAUGUUUGACAAAUUUAAUCAAACUGUGCAAUAUAUUUUAUGAUAGUUUGACUACUGAUACUGGGAAGAAUAAAGACAACGAACUAUCUUAUGAUAAUGAGUUACAAGAAAAAGUUAAAGGUUAUAAAAAAUAUUUUAUAGAAAUAUAUUCAAAAUGGGAAAAUUGGCACAAUGGUUGUAUCGGAAUAAUGAUGGAUAAGAAUGUUCCUUACAAUGCUCAUUAUGAUACUUAUGCCAUGCAACGUCCUAACAAAAAUAGUCCUAACGAUCUUUUUAACAGAGUUUAUGAUACCUUUCUUGGUAAAGCUGUUACUUACCAAGACUUGUUAGAAGAGGAAAAUCAAAAACCUUCUAAGAAACCCCUUGAAGAGCCGUCUAAAGAAUCAGAAAUUCCUAGAAAAAAGUACGUUAUUACCAAAAAGCUGGUACCUAAAGAAAAGUUCACAGAAGUAAAAAAGUUAAAGCCUGAGUUAGAUAAAAGUUUGAAGCUUAAGAAGGGUACCUCUAAAAGGAAGUUGAAAAACAAUAUUAGUAUUAUGCCGGAAAUAAGAGUGACAGCUUUAUAUUGUGAUGCUAAGAUAGUAGAUAAAAUUUUUCCACUUAUUGUUGAUAGCGAGUCAUCCAGAAGUGUUGUUUUAUCUCAUUUUUUACGGGAGUUAGAAAACAAAUGGGCAUUGGAAGAAAUCUCAGCUUUUCCUUUUGAAGUGGAAGGUGUUAAAGUCCCUAUUGAUUUCGUUGUAACUGAUGCCACCUCUUAUCAAGCGAAAGCUCGAAUUGAUUGGACUGCUGCGGAAAUGUUAUUUGAAUGGGAAGAUAAAGAAAUAGUCGUCCUGUCAAAGUUAUACGAAGAUAAUGAAGAUAAGAUUAUGACCGCCGGGACCCUUACUGAUGAAGAUGAGUUCGAUGAUGAAGAUCUUGAGGAUCGCAUUUAUGGAGUUUCAAGUUUUGAUGAUUUUUUACGUCUACCCUCAUUGGCUAUGUUUCAUAAUCAAGAAUUGUGUGAAGAACCCGAAAUGAGUUGGGAUUCUGAGGAUGAAUACUGUACUGAUUUAAUCUCUUUUGAUUCUGCUGAUGAGACGAAUGAGAACUGUGAAGAAAUUUUGAUCAAUUUUAAGGAGGAGUCAGAUGAAAGUUGUGAUGAAAUUUUGGUCAGCUCUCUUCCACCAUUGUAUCAAGAUUUGGAUGAACUUACCCUUACAAUAACUCUGUCAACAAUUUACUUAUUAGGAGAAGAUGCUGAACCUAUCGUCAAUUUGCUCGAUUUUUAUUAUGAAGAGAAAACUCCUGACAUUGUAUAUCGCGUUAGCAAACUACCACAAAAUUUUCAAGACCAAUUUGACAAUUUUCUACAAAAUCACC